UUUAUAUUUGCUUUACUGGCUUUGGUAGACGAUGGUGGACUAGAGUCAUGUUCUCGGAUAGGGGUGAGGGUUAGAGGGGGUAGGUGGGUUAAGAGAGUCUCUAGUCUACGAGUAGGGUCUUGGAAUAUUGGGACUCUAACGGGGAAGUCCAUCGAACUAGUUAAGAUUCUUAAGAAGAGGAGGAUUAAUAUAGCUUGUGUCCAGGAGACUAAAUGGGUAGGAUCCAGGGCUCAAGAUGUGGAUGAGUAUAAGUUAUGGUUCUUAGGUAGGUCGAGGGAUAAGAAUGGGGUAGGUAUUUUAGUAGAUAAUGACUUACGAGAACAGGUGGUAGGGGUUAAGAGAGUCAGCGAUAGGUUGAUGACGAUUAAGCUGGUCGUUGGAGGGUUUAUUUUGCACAUUAUUAGUGCUUACGCGCCGCAAGCGGGCUUGGGCGGAGAGGAGAAAAGACUUUUUUGGGAAGAUUUGGACGAGAUGAUGGGAAGUAUACCGUCCACUGAGAAGCUAUUCAUCGGAGGAGAUUUCAAUGGGCACAUUGGGUCAAUUUCAGGGGGAUAUGACGAUGUGCAUGGAGGAUAUGGUUUCGGGGACAGGAACGGAGGAGGAGUUGCACUGUUGGAUUUUGCAAAAGCCUUUGAGCUGAUGGUGGCCAAUUCGAGUUUCCCGAAGAGGGAGGAGCACUUGGUAACCUUUCGUAGUUCGGUGGCUAAGACGCAGAUAGACUUUUUACUUCUUAGGAAGGAUGAUAAAGGUCUUUGUAAAGGCGCAAGGUGA